AGGGCGACGGCAGUGUUUACAAGUGACAGGUGGGAGGGAGACAGCCUGACAGUGACGGUGGGAUCUGAGGUGCCGGUACUGUCUCUCUCAACACUUGCUGGUAUUGUUUGUGGCACUGUUACCAUGUACAGGCUCCUGGUGGCUGUGCUGGUGUCGGCGAUGGCGGGCGUGUGUCUGGCCGAGGUGGAGCAGACGGAUGGGGAGGCAGACAUCCCAGUGGUGGAAGGGUUUGGCGGCGAGGUGAAGAUUGAGGAAGAGAGUGACGUGUUGGUGCUCACCAAUGACAACUUCCUGCAUGUGGUUGGCCCCAAGACGGCCAUUCUGGUGGAGUUCUAUGCACCAUGGUGUGGGCACUGCAAGCGGCUGGAGCCAGAGUAUGCUGCGGCGGCCAAGGAGCUGAAGGAGGAGGACAUCAGGAUAGCUAAGGUAGAUGCCACAGUGGAGGAAGAACUGGCUAAGAAGUAUGACGUGAGUGGCUACCCAACUCUCAAGCUCUUCAAGAAAGGCCAGUUUGUGGAGGACUACAGAGGUGCCAGGACUGCAGGAGCUCUUGUUGAGUACAUGCGCAUGCACGCUGACCCUAACUACACUCCCCCACCCUCCGAAGUUGUGGUCCUUUCUGCUGCAAACUUUUCCAAAGUUCUGGAGUCGAAGGAAGUCGUUCUAGUUGAUUUCUAUGUGACAGGUUGCCGCCACUGUCAGGCUCUUGAGCCAGACUUUGAAGGAGCGGCGCGGGACCUGAAGGAGGAGGGCGUCACUCUGGCCAAGGUCAACGCACAGGUGGAGAGCGAUCUCUCCAAGGAAUAUGACAUCAAAGGAUACCCAACACUUAUAGUGUUCCGCAAAGGGAGACAGUUCGAGUACAAAGGUAGACGUGAUCAGGAGGGCAUUGUAGAGUACAUGAAGGAGCAGGUCAAGCUGCCAUCCAGAGAGGUCACCACAGUGCUGGAAACGAGUAACAAUUUUGCCAGGACUGAUGCCAACAUCAUUGGAUACUUCCCCGAGAAGAAUGAUAUGUUUGAGGAGUAUGUUGCAACAGCCAAUGAGCUGAGAGGAAAGCUGCCAUUCUUCCACACAUUUGAUAGUGGUGUUGCCAGUCACCUGAAAUUGAAGGAGAACACUAUCACUGUCAUUAUGCCAGAGAUAUAUCACUCUAAAUAUGAGGAAAAGGUCUUCAGGUAUACUAAGGCCACAGGGACAUACAAAGAGAUGGCUCCCUGGAUCACCAAGAAGAGUGUUCCUCUAGUGGGCCAGCUCACCAAGGAGAACCAAGCCUUCAAGUAUGAGAAGAGACCACUCAUAGUUGUAUACUAUGAUGUCAACUUCUCACACCAGUACAUCAAAGAUACACAGUUCAUCCGUAACAAGAUCCUCCCUGUGGCAGACAAGUACAGAGACAUUACUUUUGCUAUUGCCAAUGAGGAACAGUUUGAAGAUGAAAUCAAGAGCUUAGGAUUGGAAGACUCUGGAGAAAAUGUUAAUGUGGGUGCUUUCUCUGCCAAAUUCAAGUAUCCAAUGGAACCUGAGGAGGACUUCAGUACUGAUGUGUUGGAGGAGUUUGUUAAGCAGUACAAGAAAGGCAAGGUGCAGCCCUAUCUGAAAUCCCAGCCAGUGCCUAAGAGACAGGACGGCCCAGUGAAGGUACUUGUUGCUCGGAACUUUGAGGAUGAGGUGAUGAAGACGGAGAAAGAUGUCUUGGUGGAGUUCUAUGCCCCGUGGUGUGGCCACUGCAAGAGCCUGGAGCCCGUGUACAAGAAAUUGGCCAAGCAACUCGCCAAGUCCAACCCAGAUGUGGUAGUGGCCAAGAUGGAUGCCACAGCCAAUGAUGUUCAUCCAAGCUUCAAGGUGGAUGGUUUCCCCACCCUUUACUUUGUCAAGGCUGACCAGAAGGAUAACCCCAUUGCAUUCAGUGGUGAUCGCUCCCUGAAGUCUCUUAAGGAGUUUGUCAGCCAAGAGUCCUCAAGCAAAGGAGACAAGACAGCUAAGGAUGAGCUUUAGUACAUUAAGAGCCAAGAUUGGAUGGUAUGGUGUAGUUUAGCAAGUGUAGUUGCUGUAGUAGUAGCACUAGCAGUAGCAGCUGUAGUGUAGCAAAAUCUUGGUGCAGUUCCUGUGAAAUUUAGGGGUUUUUGUUUUCUUGUUCUUGCACAGUUGAAACAUGACAGUUAGGUUGCUCUUAGGGUUUUAAUUUUUUGUUUACUUUUUUUACUGCUUUCUUCGUUUUCAUUGCUUUUCUCUAGUUUUUUAUUGCUUCAUUCACUGCAUUGUUAUUGAGUGAGUUGUGCAGGACAUCCCCUACAGGAGCUUGUCAUCACAUUGAUCUGAGUCAGUACUUAGUAUAACAUAUAGGGUUGGUUUGGUCUACACAAUAUUUGUGUAGUGACACUGUCAAAGUUGUGACUUAGAGUAGCAAUGCUCAUGUCAUAAGUAUGUGCACUGUGCAGUAGACACUCUGUAAUCAGAUCAGUGGAGGGAAGUCCAACUAAAAUGUCUAAAGAUCUUGGACAACUGAAAUGUAAAAACUUGCUGCAUGACCAUGGCUCUGUUGAUAUUGGUAAUACUGUAUUGCAUCAGUGUUCAAGAAAUCUUACUGUACAACUGUACAGUUCUUAAAAUUUUCACUUACAUUGUUUUGGGAAGCAAAGCAUAGACUUGAUAAAUUGUUGUUAGAAUGCUUUGCUUUAGAUUUCUAUAAAAAUUCAGUUAAAAAUGUGAUGGACAGUGAUGUGUAUCCAGGGUCCUGCAAAUAUCUAUAUGAAUAUUUGAUAUAGAGUGUUUAUUGUACAUAACUGGUGGUAUGUGAGGAUUUGCCAGGUUGUGUAGUGUGGCAGCACUAGUUGCUGUUCAGACUUGCCAGGUUGUGUAGUGUGGCAGCACUAGUUGCUGUUCAGACCAUGAGUGUUGCAGUACCAGUGAGUCCUGUGCUUGAUAACAUAGGCUAUGUUAGGUACUGGCUGCCAUAUCUAAUGCCACAUAUUCCAUUCAUAUAUAACAUUAUAAUAAUGCAUUCCCAAUUUCUUAAUAUUCAUGUGGAGUAUGGUGAUUUUCUAAUUUUCUAAAAAUAAAACCUCUUGCAUA